AUGCCUCUAUCCAAGGUACAGGCAGGCAUACCCAAGGAAUGGCCAGACCAAACUGUGUACCUACGAACAUCUGCAUAUUCCAAAAAACUUGAUCAACACAAGAUGGGAGCACUUGUGUUGUCCGCGACAAACUUACCACCUAGCGAGAAGACUUACAAGACAAGCAGUCCCUACACCAACGUCAAGAUCACAGCAGUCUCAAAUGCCUCCCAUCCUGCCUAUGGCCAAUACGGUCUCUACGCCAACCAGCAUCUACCACCUGAUUCCUUUAUUCUGCCUUACAUGGGCUUUGUUCAUGAUCAGGCAGAUACAGACGUAACCUCUGACUACGAUUUAUCUUUGGAUCGCGACUUGGGCGUUGGUGUUGACGCCUCGAAAAUGGGAAACGAGGCAAGAUUCAUCAACGAUUAUCGUGGUGUUUCCUCCGGACCCAAUGCGGAGUUCCGUGACAUCUUCGUGGAUACUGGGAAUGGCAAGGUGGAAAGGAGAGUAGGGGUAUUUGUACUCAGUGCUGGCAAGAGUGGGAAAAGAGCAAAGGGGGUCGGUCGUGGACAGGAAAUUCUCGUCAGCUAUGGCAAGGGUUUCUGGACGGAGCGCCAGCCGGCUGAGGAGUGA